AUGGCGAUAGAUGAGAACGACAUGUACCCGACCGAUGCCCUCGUUUCGAAGCAUGCGCGGAAACAUUACCGCAUCCCCGUGCGCUCACAACAUUGGCAGUUACGGUCUCUCGUUAGCGCCGAGAAGCAGGACAUUGUCUAUUUUCCAGGUGGCAACGGCAGUAACCAUGUCCAACGGCUGAACACAACAACCCGAGAAUGCGAAACUAUCAAACUUCUCACUUUUGCGCCUCGAUGCCUCGUCGCCGAGAAAGGAUGGCUAUGCUGUGGGAGCGAGAGUGGCGAUUUUGUGGCAAUUCGACUUGAUGAAGGAAACGAUGAUGGCCAUGGAAUCCUAUCAGAACUCGAUCCGGACACUCGACUUAGCCUGGGACUCGACUCGUCCCGUGAUGACCCUAUACUCUCUCUUCUCAACCGCGCGAGACGGAACAACAAAACCCUGAUCGCGAAAAGUAUGAAGUUAGCCAAGGACCGGGUAAACUGCAUUACACUUUGGUUCCCGCCAACAAGGAUGCCAGCGCACGAUAGGGCGUAUAAGGAACCUGUGGCGGUAUUGGCUAACAACGACCGUACUGUUACACUGGUGAGCCUCAACGAUUUUGACCAGAAGGAGAAAACAGAGGCAUUGGAUAUCAUCACCUACCCAGACUUCGUGAACCGCGCACUCAUCUCUCCAGACGGCCGGCUUCUGAUCGCCAUUCUCGACGACCCAUAUCUGUAUGUCCAUGAGAGAGUUAGGAGCGUCGCAGAAUCUCCAGCGACGAGAUCAAGUGAAAGUCAUACAUACCAAUGGGAACAGACACAGAGAAUACUUCUCAAGAGCCAAAAGAAAGACGACAGAACAGAUAGUCGAGGAAGUUUCGCCGCCUGUUUCUCUGAAUCGGGAGCAUAUCUCGCUGUUGGGACCCAACAUGGCACCAUCUCCAUCUUUAAUGCUGCACUUCUCGCAAAUCCUAAUGCCGACCCCCUUAUUACAACUUUUCCAUCUUCACGUCCACACAGUGGCCCCGGUGCUAUUCGAGAUAUGGCCUUCUGCCCCGGACCAUUCGGAAUGCUUGCCUGGACAGAGGACAGAGGCAAUGUUGGCAUUGCUGAUAUGAGGAGCAAUUUUUAUGUUCGUCAAAUUGUAAACAUUGAAGAACCGGUCUUUGAGCACAUCAACAUCCCAGACCGAAACACCAUUGAUCCCCGACUUUUGGAUAGCCGCCGCGAGAGAAGGGAUGCUGCCCUCGGAUCAGGCGCCACAGAGACUGGGAGACGCCGAGAUGUGAUUGACACUCUUAAUACUCCUUUGACUUCCAACGAGACACUUGUACUUGAGGCUAUGCAGCUUGGUAGGCGUAGUCGUGAAAGGGCUGCUCAAAGAGUGGCGGCGGCAGCGGCGGCGGACGAGAGGGCUACAGGUGGUCCGACUAACUUUUGGGCGGCCAGGUCAGCCCGUCGAACUAUUGGCAACGAUGACAGUGAGCGGCCUAUGGCUCGAAGGAGCAGUAGUAUUGGUCGUGCCAUGGGAGAGCUGCUGGGCAGCAAUUACAACAGACGCCCAGUGACAAGAACUCCACGCGAAGCCUCCGACACCCCGGAAAUUGGAAGAAGGCCAGAUCGGUUGAUGGAGAGCCUCGGUGAAACAGUGGCCAUGCUUCGGGAACAACGGCAGCGCCAAGAUUCAUCCUACCUCACAGUGCUUGAGAUUCUCCAGGCACGAGAGCGAGGCGACGACCGCGACCUCGACGAUACAACAAUCAUAGUGCCGCUUAUCAACCAGGCGGUGAAUCCGGUGAAUCGAUGGGAGGAUGACCACGGUGUCUUCGAAGUCCCGCCUUCGCCGGACAAUACUGCCGGGUUGGCGUGGAGCGAAGAUGGUCGUACACUCUUUGUUGGUGCACAGAACGGCAUUUACGAGCUCCACGUGGACACUCAGAGCAGGAAGUUCUUCCCGAGCGUUUCGAUGAGGUAA